UCAAUCGAUAACUGUCAUGGAUGCCAAAAUGAAAAUUAGCAGGAAUUCAUUUUUGUUUAUGUUUAAUUUCUGUCUUAUAACGGCAAGAAUUCACCAUUUAGAACUAAAGAAUGAUGACAGAGAUACCUACACCCUGAGUACAUUUGGUCUUUUGAGGGGCGGGGUCCUCUCUUUGAAUGUCUCCAAAUUCCUGUUUAAUAAGGAUCUAGUAGAUUUGGAGGAUGGAAAGCUUGGAUUUACAAUAGAUGUGGGCAGUAGCUCAGGGGCUAGCAACUACAUUGAAGACUUAAAGGAGGAUGAAUGUAUCUUGGACAAGAAAGUUCUGGAUGACCUCAGUGGUGGGCCGCGGGAGAAGAAAAAGAACACCACCAAUAUCUUAGCCCUCAGACUUAAGUUGAAAGGAGACACGCCCAUAAUUGAGAUUGCUCGAUAUGGAGACGACAUACAGAGACUUUAUGUUAACAACAUACCAAUCGAAGAGUUCCGAAGCAAACGCCAACCUCCACAUCAGUUUCAACGACGAGACUUGACCUCAGAUUCAUAUCUCCUCGGGCUCAAUGGUAAUAUUGCCCGACGUCGAAGAGCAGCUGCACCCCUUCCGACCCUUCCUCCUCCAAAAGUCGGCCAGAUGGAUGGAAACACUACUCAAGCUCCUGCAGAUCCUACUACAGUGAACCCUCCAGGAGAGAAGAAGGACCCCUUUGACCUGAAGUAUCAACUACCUGUGAUUACUCAUGAUAAGACUAUACCUUCUUACAAUUUCUCAGUAAUGCUGGCUGUGUUGGGUGACAGGGAAGAAGGAAUCUACACACUCAACUUUCACAACUGUCGUAGCAAGAGCACAAAAGUCAACUAUGUGAUUGAUAUAAUUGAGAUGAAUGGGGACAAUUAUCUAUCAGCUGGAAUGAUGCCCUUGCCUGUGUUGUACUUUACCCUGUGUGGGGUUUAUUUAGCUAUCGCUGUGCUGUGGAACUACAUUGUGUGCAAGGCAAAGGACCCAGUGUACAAAAUCCACUACCUCAUGCUGGCAGUCGUGUAUGUAAAGAGCUUGUCCUGUAUUCUACAUGCUAUGAACUACCACUUUAUACAGAAGGAAGGGAUCAGAGAGGAGGCGUGGGCAGUGCUCUUCUAUAUUGCAUACCUUACGAGAGGGGCGUUGCUGCUAAUCACCAUAAUCCUGAUAGGAGCAGGCUGGGCCUACAUUAAACACAUGCUGUCAGACAGGGAGAAAAAGCUCUUCCUUAUUGUUAUCCCACUGCAGAUUCUCGACAACAUAGCAUGGAUCAUAGUCGAAGAGAGCGAAGAGGGUCAAGCAGAAUACACGACAUGGAAACAAAUAUUUAUACUCAUAGAUCUCCUGUGUUGUGGAGCUAUUCUCUUCCCAGUUGUGUGGUCGAUCAGCCAUUUGAGGGAUGCUUCACAUGCGGAUGGCAAGGCAGAGUUCAGUCUUACCAAGCUAAAGUUGUUUAAGCAAUUUUAUAUCAUGGUCGUGUGUUACAUAUACUUCACAAGAAUAAUAGUGUUCCUAUUGAAGAUGACAGUCCCUUUUAAAUACGAAUGGCUGGAUGAGUUCUUCAAGGAAUUAGCCACAAUAACGUUCUUCAUGGUAACAGGGUACAAGUUUAAGCCAGCAACAGACAAUCCUUACCUCCAGGUCCCGAGCGAUGAUGAAGAAGAUAUUGAAAUGGACACUGUAAUUGUUGGACAGCAAGGGGCUCUAGAUACAGUUAAAAGAGUUAACCAGGCGUACAAUGAUGAGACAACUAGCACUGGGCUUAAAGUCAGGGAAAGCAGCCACGAAUAUGACUGAAACUUUAAAAGGAAAUAUGCGGGAUUAUAGUAUUAUGAAUAAGAAUGACAAGAAAUUAUUAUAUCUGACUUGACAUAGUUUUUUUUCUGCACAGCCAUUGUUUUUUCUGAACAAACAAAACUGAAUAAAUAACCUCAUUGAGUGUAUAUGCUCAUGGCCUCACCAUUGAGGUCUCUGAUUCUGAUUUAAACAUUUAGAAAGUUUCUGACAAAAACAACUGCCAUAUUUUUGUGUUAUUGAGUGUUUAUUCAGUGAUUUGUGCAUUUGCUGGUACAGAGACAUUGGCACCAGCACCAACAUUAAGAUAGUUUUUAUGCAUUUUUGUUUACUAAACAAUUUACCAGUGUCCAAAGCAUGUAUUGCAACUAGGUGAGAUUAUUUUUCGGAGGUCUACUCAUUAAUUCACUGGGUAAUGCAACCACAUGGUUUUAUUUGUUCAUAAUAAUCUCAUUAUGUAUUUGAUUGACAGCCUGUAACUAGCCAUUUAUAACAGCCAUGGGGCUUAUGCCAUUUAUAGGUAAUCCAUCUUCAUUAAUAUUAAAAAAUGUAUGGAAAUAGUGCAAUUUAGAUAUUCAAAGCCUGAACGUGGGGAUUAUUUCAUGUUUAAUUUAUAUUCAUUAACCAUUAUAUUAUUUUGCAUGGAUUACAUUUUUGAAUAACAUUAUUAUGUAGCUACUAUCGGUAUUAUAAAAUGAACUACUAAAAUCAAUUUUAUUUAUUUGGUUCUUAAACGCCUACAGUAUAUCAAAAAAAAGCUCACAAACAUUUUGUUACAUUAAAGUGAAACUUGACCAGUUGCAUUUUUUUUGUAUUAAUGAUGGAUGACUUACCUAAAUGGGAAAGUUAAGCCAAAAUAAACUAUAAUCUUUACAUAUAUUAUUUGAUAAAGACAGCACAAAAAUUGAAUCAUUCUUGAAUCAUUCUUUGAAUCUGCUCUUUGAAAUAUUGAGUAAUCUGGGCCGAUUGUUCAGAAUUUUGUUAAUGUUAACAGCAUUGUUAACAUCAUCGUUGUUAACUUCAAAGUCGUAAUUGAAGUUAAAUGGAUACACUAGUGGUCUGCAAUACUUCCAACAAGAUUUCAGAUAACGGUUUCAGCUGUAGUUGUUUUAUGCAAAUAUAUUAGCACCUCAUCUUAUAGUUCACCUUUUAAAGUUCAAUAAUGCGGUCAAAAACAUAGUUAACUUAAAGUUCUGAAUGAACUGCCCAUUGUGUAUAAUCUUAGAGAUGAAGAGCCAGGUGAGCACCUGCUCCUAUCAUUAAGAUUUUACACUAUGUGUUUCUAAUGUAGGAUUAUAAUGUAUUUAAUCACAAGGGGGGACUAUUAAUUCAUGUCAUGUCAGUUAAUUUUUCAACUGCAUUUCUUAACAAUUACAGUGACAUGUUCAUAAUUGUUUUUCAUUUUCUUUAUAUCAUUUAGAUAAUUGUAUUAUUAAACUGAUGGAUCAUAAUUAUUACUACAGAAACUUUAACUUGAAAUACUUCAGAAUAUGAUUAAGACUGACCAGAAAUCAUUGUAUCUCAUCAAGCAAACAAAAACUGAUCAGGUGUGGAUAACUAACUAAAAGUAGUGUUGAAGCUUAUGUUUCCCACAUUGGGUGUGCUUUACAAAUGUUGGUAAAGACAAUGUGUUUUUUUUAACAAAAGUAUUGAUCCAUUGCAAAAUUUACAAACAUGAAUAUAUUGUUUUUCUGAAAAAGAUACAAAACAUACUAUACCAUGUUAGUAUUAUGGUUAAGUUUUAGUCCCAUAUUGGUUCUUAAACCUAAAGGUUUUUUAAUACAUUCAAAAGUCUGCUUAUAAUCAUGAUGGCACAUUCGGGCUUUCUUCUUUAAAUACUAUAUUCUGUCUCCGUGUGUCUUCUCAUCUUUUUGUUAACCUGGCCAGGGCCCGUUGGAUUGUGAAAGUAGCUUUUGAGAGAUCCAGAUUUUUAGGCCAGUGAUUGUUAUACAUUCAUUGUUAUACAUGAAGAAAGUGCUAGAAAUGGCAUUUUUAUAAUUGUGAGUUGGGUCAACUUCAGGCUCCACUUAAG